UGUGGAAUCUGAAUCGGGAUUUGAAUCGGUGGCGAUCGGCGGCGGGUCAUAUGCUGAGUUAGCACACGGUGCAUAUAAAUUCAUUCAGUGAGACAGAGCUCUCAUUUCGCAUUGGGUGUUGGCCACACAUCAUCAUCAUGUGGUUACAUCUUGCCCUAAUUUUCCUCGCCGGAACGGCUCUGGUCGAUUCGACAGUAUGGAAGCCGAAUCAGACAUAUCGCUAUAUGGUACGAACUCGCGCUCUAACGGGCGCGAAGGUAUCUGAUCAGGUCAGUGGAAUUGUAAUGAAGGGCUACUUGAAUGUUCAUGUGAGGUCGCCGGACGUUUUGAUAGUGGAAUUAACUAAAGGGGAAUACUCUUCCAUACAUGCAUCAUUGCCUGAUGGUUGGAACGUUCCUAUUCCUGAUUACUUGUUGAGAUAUGUCUCCAUUCCGUCAACGGGAGAUCCCUUGAAAGUUACGUUCCGUAAUGGGAAAGUAGAUGAAGUAUUUGCUACUUUGAGAGAUGCUAACAAUCCAUACACAGUGAACAUCAUAAAGGGUCUCUUGAGUCAACUGCAGUUUGAAACGGAUAAAUUAACAGAAAAGCAACUCAAGAAGCCUUUGGGACACGAAUAUGCUCACCAAAUCUAUACGGGCAAGGAGCAAACCGUCACUGGCUACUGCAAGACCGAAUACGACCUGAGGCCGAUAUCCCGCGAGGAUAUAAAAAAAACUAACCUGCUACAAUUUGAAACACCCAAUCAAGAUGGAUACUUGAUGCUUUCGAAAUAUAAAAACUACAAAGAUUGCAUGCAGGAAACGAGUUACCAAUUUACUGUGACGGAUAACGCGGAGAAGCAUAUAAAAGAGAACUACAUUACGAGAUUGAGUACGACUAAUAUGAUCGUCUCGCAUAAAAAAGAAUACUUCACCAUUUUGUCAAGCAUAAUGGAGAAUGUAAUACAAGUAAAACCUAAACUCGAAGAUAUGGAAAGCUCCAAAAUGUUCAAUAUGAUGAACCUGACUCUGGUUAAAGUAGAAGAAACAACCAGCAAGGCCGACAUGCCCAAAGAAGUCGUGUCCACUGGGAACCUAACAUAUGUUUAUAAUAUAAGAGAAAGGGGUACGGUUGAUACUUCCUUCCACCACGAUCUCGAAAAUUUGAUAAACAUCCGAGGAAUAUCCAGAGAACAUGCCGAAUUUAAUGUCCACUCGACAUCAGGUAGGGGUCGAGGCAGGUAUUCCGAGUACUCUAAGCAGACUAAGCACAGCUCAGAAGAAAAUAGUUCGGAAUCCAGCAGCCGAGAGCACUUUACACGUAACCACGAAAAUGAGAGAGCGACGUCUCGCGGAAGACCUCUUCGGGAUUAUACGAUUUCCGAUAUAUUAAAAGAAAUCGACUCAAUGAUCCACGACAUAGCAAUGGAAAUCAUGACACCCGACGAAAUUGUACGUCAAGGAACGCUGGAGAAGUACACCAUUCUGACGAGAAUGCUUCGUUAUAUGAAUGAGACAAGUUUAACUACUGUGAGGGAUAAGCUGGAAAUCGACUACAGGGCAGCUAAGUUGGAUGUAGGAAAGAUAGUUGCCAGCAGCGUCUUUCGCAACGCCUUAGCGCAAACCGGGACUUUCGCUGCUUUCAAGCUCAUCCGUACAAUGAUUACAACGAAAAUGUUUACGAACCUGGAAGCGGCGUUUGUGUUAGGACAACUUCCUAGAGCCGUGCGCUCUCCCACACAGGAUUAUAUUCAACAGUUUUACGAACUUAUCAAAUCGCCAGAGGUGAGAAAUCAGGCAGUUUUGAACACUACCGCGCCCUACGCCUUCUCCGAAUUAGUCCGCUACGCUCUGGUCAUGGAUCAAAAGUAUAUCUAUCCCUACCCCGAAACUCACUCCAAAACACAUAAAGAGGAGAUGCUCUCUACUUACAUUUCCUAUUUUGCCGACGAACUGGAGGAAGCUUAUAAAGCGAAACGCGAUAGCCUUAUAGUAACAUACAUCAUGGCUUUGGGUAAUAUAGGUCACCCAGCCGUAGUCCGGGUGUUCGAGCCGUACUUGGAAGGCAAAUAUCGUUUAACCACGUUCCAACGUACGAUAAUGGUCAGCGCAUUAGGAAAAGUAUAUCCAGGAACUUAUAAGGUGAUCGGACCGAUUAUGUACAAAAUCUACCAGAACCAGAAGGAGCAUUACCAAGUACGUGUUAUGGCGCUGAAUGUAUUGUUUAAGAACAAUCCACCUGAACACAUUAUGAUGAACAUAGCAAAGACGGUCUCUGACGAGCGUGAUGUGCAAGUGAAAAACGCUGUUUUAACCGGCAUAGAGAGCCUGACGAGAUUGAAGGGUGAUAAAUACGCAAGGCUCGUCAGGAGUGCGUUAGCCGCCAAUAGGAUCAUAACACAACACGAUCAAGAAUAUAAUAUUAGAUAUUCUAGCAACAUAAUACUGGAUUAUGUAAAUAAAAAGAGGGACUACGACGCUUCGCUUGAGUUCAGUACCAUCGGUAGCAAGACCAAAACCAUCCCGAAAUUUGUAGAUUUGACGUUAACAGCUAAUUCUUCCUUCUAUUCGCCUCCGGCCUUCAGAACCCAGUACGGCGUAUCAGACAUAAAUUUGAUAUUGCGUACGAUAAGGAGGAUAAUGGGACAAGUAACUAACGAGGAGCGCUCGACAGUUGAUGAGUUAGCUGAGAAGCUCAACAUCGUGUACAAUGAAGUGGACCCUGAGGGAAGCUUCGUCAUCUCUAACGAAUAUGGCGUGUUUUUCGUUGUCUUUGACAGAUACACGUUGCAAAGCUUAGAAGAAAACUUCAAGAAGCUGAUCCAAACAACCAAGAAUGGCUACAACAAGGAAUAUAUAAUGACUAGGCUAUUGAACAAGCAGUUCAUAAUAAGCUACCCGUCCGAAAUCGGUCUACCCGUAAAUUAUCGCUUGACUGCACCCAUAUUAGUUUCGUUGAGGAAUAAACUACAAACAAAGGAAAAAGAUGCGUUUGAAAUCAGCCAAGAAAUGAAUAUGGUGGUAAAUAGGAAGACGAUAAGCAGGAUUACCUUCUUGACACCUUUCAGCGACGAGCAAUAUUUUACCGGUGUUGACGUCGACUGGCAAUUACGUGUACCAGUAGCGUGGAGCGCCAAAAUAGAUCUGAAGCAGAAACAUAUAGGAGUGGAAAUCAAAACAAUUCCAGGUACCGAGAAAGCGAAAUUGUGGCAGCACUACAUCUUGCCGUACACCGGAAAAACUCGCUUCCCUAAUUUCAAAGGUGCACGUAUCGACAAGAACACACAACCAAUAAUAGUUGGGAAAAUAAAUAAAUCAACGAUGGACUUGCUAGGAAGAAUAACCUUUAAACAUGAGACCGAUAGUUUUGUAUUCGAUAUGUUUAACCAGUUUAACGUACUAUCGCCUAUUGACGCCUUUGAAAACAUCCUGAAUUUCUUCGUUUCUAUUCCGCUUCAUUACCACAAGCAAGAAAUAAGUAUGAAUCCGGGAAGAAGCAACAGCAUAAUCGUAAAAGUCAAUUACGCUAACCUAGUUCUACGUGAUUUUGAGCAAAAACUAACUGAGAAUCUGGAGAAAGAACAUGAAGAAUUAUGGGCUCAAUCAGAAACUAAGGUACAAGAUGUGCUCACUUCGGACUUUUUGAAGGUUCAUCUCUUAAUACCGGGUGGUAAUAUUGAUUAUACUUGCUUUGGAAAUGCGGCGCAACUUCUUGUGUCUAAAAAUCUGGCUGUUAGGUGCUAUCUUGUUAACUCAUCUAAGGUUACGAACGUUUGCGGUAGCGCAACAGUACACCAAAAACCUUCUAGUUGCCUAGCUGGGGACCAAUUGCUUAACAAGAUAAGGCCAUUUAAGAUAUUAGUACGCUAUGGAGAAUCUUGCAGAAACGGGAAAGAAAUUAGUAUAAAAGGACUACAAAAACAAAAUGAGAACGUGAAGGAAGAGAUAAUGCAUUCCAAAACAUACGAGCGGAGCAAGGAAGAAUUAGGAGAAGGCACCUUCGGUUUAGUAAACACCGAUAAGGUGUGCAAACUUGCCAGUUUUAUGGACGAGUUAAUGUUGUCGGUCAAAAUGGAUCCGGAAGAUAUCAAAACUCUACAUUUCUAUACUAUCAAAUGGCUACUUCACAAAGUAAUCCCUCAUGCGCGUAUAUACUCGGUAAAGUCUGAAGACUCCAGUUUUAAAUUCUCGAAUUUCAUCGAAUCUACUAUAACAAGACAGCUCCAGAACCGCAAAAUGAACGUUACUCUAAACAGUGGAUCGUUAGCCGCACACUUACCCGCGGACCCUUCCUUGAUGUCUCUUGGAAAGUUCAUCAACCACGAGUUGGACACUUUAUGGGGCAUGCAACAUAAGAAAAGGUUCUGCACACUCGGCAAUACUAGAGUGAAAACUUUUGACAAUAAGGUGUAUCCUAUUGGAACGAGCAAAUGUUCACGUAUGAUGAUGAUCAGUCCUAAAAUAUUGAAACGCAACUCAAACUUAGAUAAUGUCAAUGAAUCUCCGGAUAUAUUAAGUUGUCACAAAAUAGCUAUUUCGUUAGAAGAUUUAGGAGAAAAGGAAAACGAGUUCGUCAAAAGGCAAAUAACGAUUACAUAUAAGAAUAAGAAGUUGCAAAUGAGGACAUCCGACGACGCAUUUUAUGUAAACGGAAAGCCACUCAAAUUCAUCGAAAAUGAAUUUAUAGAAAAGGAUUUAAAUAUUAGAUUUGUAAAAUUGACGUCCGUACUUUACAAAAUUAUUAUCAGUCCAGCUGAAGUCGUUAUGUGGUUCAAUGGUGAAAAUGUGAAAAUUCAGGCGUCCGACGCGUACAAUGGACACAUACGUGGUUUGUGCGGUACCAAGGACGAUAACGAGGAGAACGAUUUCACGACUCCGCAAGGGUGCGUCGUGAAGAAACCCGAGGAUUUCGUCGCCUUCUACACCUUCGACAACGACAGUUGCUUUGUGGAUGAGAAGACGAAGAAGUUAAGAGAAAGAGCUUUGGAGAAGUGCAGAGUGAUAGAGUAUCUCCAAACAAACGUUGUCGCCGACGCUUCAUCAGAGGAAGGAAGAAGUUCGCAGGAGUCUACGGAGGGAACGAAGGGAUGCACUUUGCUCAGAACUGAUAUCCAGCAGGAUGACAAACAGGCAUGCUUCUCUAUGAGACCUAUCCCAGUGUGUUCCGAAGGCUGUAAAAAAUGGUUCGUGACGAAGAAGCCAAUCACUUAUCAUUGUGAGGUGCUGAGUCCCGAGAUCCAUGAGAUGAUAGAAAGAAUUAAGGCGGGCGCCAAUCCAGAUUUCAGCACAAAAACACCGAGUAUGGUUAAAUAUAUAUCGCUUCCGAAGAUGUGCCGCCAGGAAUAAUCGAUCUGUAGUAUAAAGCAUUGGCGUAGUACUAGAUGUCAGUACUGGCUGAAUACCAGUAAUGUGUCAGGACUCGAAAAAUAGUACUGUAAUAUCACUGUUAGCGGGAUUUGAGGCCGGAAUACUUCUGGUCCUCUCUGGUUGUGAAUCACCUACUUUACCCACAAUGUCAGUUCUUCUAUUGAUAGAUGUGUUACACAUUGACUUGUAGAUGUACUACUGAAUUUGGUACUAGCUGCUUGUAUACGAUUUCUAUAUGGGACAGGAUAUAAUACGACGACGUCAGGAUAUCACUAAAGCAAAUGGUUAAGCAAAGCGAUACUCUUUUUUAUUUUCUUUUUAUAUGAAACUAGAAACAUGUUAUGUUAUUUUAGUAAUGCAAUAAAGUUGAACAUUUUCAACAUAA